UGGCAGCAUUGUUUUUUGGUAGUUUACAAAUAAAAUGGCCGAUAUAUGAGGCUAUUUUGUAUGGACAAUAAAAUAUGUAAUUCUGUAAAAUUAAUGACCACCGGCCGCUCGUGUACGUACGUGAAAGUAUAGGUUCGGUGCCACGAAAUAGGAUAAAACAAGGUGAAGUGUGAGUGAGCGUGUGGGAGUGCCGUGAGACGAAGGUGGAGGUUGUCUUUCAAGACCCGUGGACGCCGCGGGCCCGAACGACCAAAACGAACCAUCACUCACGGGCUCUGAUACAUAAAAAAGUCGUCGAACCACCGUAUUUUUGCAUUGGCGCGCGGUGGCGCGGUGGCAAACGUGCGAGAACGAGCGUAGAUUUAAGGAACCUAGGUUUACACCGCACAGGCCCCCUCUGCCGCCUGCCGCGUUUCUACAGGCACUCUCGCCUCGCUUCCUGAGCACCGUCGUGUGUUCCCAAGUCUGCCGAGACAACAACACUUGGGAACACCGUGCAUUCGAUGCGUCCCGCUUCACAGAUGACAACAGACGCAUGGCGUUGACCGCCUUGCCGUCUUCGUUUUAUGCAUUCUGAACGUUGUACAUGGUUCGUCGACAGUGGUCGAAAUCUUGGACAUUAAUGCCUGUACGUCGAGGCCCGUAGAGGCAAAUAUGAGUCCGAACUUUAAAACCCACAGCUGAGAUACUGGAGUGUCACGGUGGAGAGAAGUGGUGCAGACGAUGCAUUGACAGAGACGGAGGGGCCUACGAGCAGUGCGUCCAGCCAGGCCAACCCCUCCGUGAUCUCCCUGUCAAACAUGUGCACCACUCCCGGCAAUGUGGGCACAGGAUUUGGAUAUGCCUGGUCCUUUGGCGGGCCUGGAUCGGAAACUAGAGAAAAUGCACAGGGUGAACUUGCCACGAACAUUAGUUACGCAGUGAACAAUAAUCAGGACCAAGGAUCGAGUCAGAAGAUACAGGUCGACAUUAAACCUACUAAAGUUGCCAAUAGUACGCAUCGUAGACCAAUGUUCACUAUGAAUGAAACUUGUCAACAGACCCCGACGACCCACCAUACAGCCGGAGCUCAUAAUCAAACCCACGGCACUCACGUUCGUACCAAGAAACAUCACGACGUGUUCUCGUUAACGUGCGACAAAGGCGGUUGCAACUGUGAUGCGGCACAUCCCGCGCCACCCUCUCUGUUUUCGAACACUUUAGUCUUUACCACAGCAGACAAACACGCCAUGAGUAAGCAUUUCAUGACGCCGAUCGGACCACUACAACUCACCGCGGAAGAGUGCAAUGAAAUUCUGAUGAAGAGAGCAGCGGCCGCCUCGAACCAGGCCAACGUGAACAAUGUGGCGACGAGCCAGACGGACGGCACCGCUCAUUUCGGGCACGUCUUGACGCACGUCAAUGCCACGCAGAUCGAGACCAAGGUGAAACAAGACAUGGGGAGCCAGGUUCGCGUACCGAAAGAGAGGCCGUACUCCUGUUCGGAAUGUGGCAAGUCGUUUCUCCUCAAGCAUCACCUUACGACACACGCGAGGGUACACACGGGAGAGCGACCUCACGUUUGUGUUCACUGUGGCAAGAGUUUUGCACACAAACAUUGUCUUCAUACUCACCUGCUCCUCCAUAGUGCUGACCGACCCUAUCAAUGUCGCGAAUGUAAAAAGUCUUUUACCCUGAAACACCACCUUGUGACGCACACGCGUGUACACACGAGGGACCGGCCGUUCAUCUGUCAAGAAUGCGGCAGAUCGUUUCCCCUGAAACGUCAUUUAGUGACGCAUAGUAAAUUCCACUCCGGCGAGAGACCUUUCGUCUGCGAGGAAUGCGGGGAAUCGUUUUCCCAAAAGGAUCACCUCACGAUGCAUUCGCGCUUCCACGGCAGUCUACAUCCGUUCGUUUGUCACGAUUGCGGUGCGACCUUCCAGAGAAAGUUCGAACUGGUGAACCACGGCCGUCUCCACGGCAGAAUCCCGCAUUCGUGUACCGUUUGUGGAAAGGAAUUUCUUCAAAAGAGAACCCUGCUGGCGCACAUGCGUCUGCACACAGGGGAGACACCUUUCGCGUGUACCGUUUGCGGGGAAGCGUUCGCCAGGAAAACAGACCUGGUUACCCAUUCUAAGAUACACAACAACAACACGAAUACGGACACGGAGAAAUCUCUCUUGUGCAGGGAAUGCGGAUUGGACUUCUCGAAUCGAGAAGCUCUCACUUUACACUUAAGGUUACAUUCUGGCGAUCGUACGCUCGUUACGGAUCUUUGUGGAUUAGCAGCUGCCUUCCAACAGACUCCUGGACACUUCCUUACACCCAACACCCCCGGGACUCAUCAGAUGAAUGGACCUAUCGGAAAUCCCGGCGUCAGUCACAUGCACGGUGCCACGCAAACGUCACCACCUGUGGGAACAGGUCCGAAACCAAAGCCGCACGUUUGCCCCGACUGCGGUCGCGGUUUCGCGCAAAAGCAUGGCUUGUCUCAGCAUCAACGACGCCACGCGGACGGCAGCUGCCACAUACGAUCGCACGUCUGCGACAAAUGCGGCAAGGCGUUCUACCAGAAGAAUCACCUGUUACUGCAUCAACGUCAGCACAUGGAUCCCCCUCCUAGUAUACUUAGACAACAACAGAGACAAGCCGCUCAAGCUGCUGCGCAGCAGCAACAGCAGCAGCAACAGGCGCAGCAACAGCAGCAGCAGCAGCAGGCCCAGCAGCAGCAGGUACAAGUGCAACAGGCGCAGCAGCAGCAAGUACAAGUGCAACAGGUGCAACAGCAGCAGCAGCAGCAACAGCAGCAGCAGCAGCAGCCCCAACAGCCCCAACAGCAGCAGCAACAGACAACGUGCACGGUAGACACGAAAACGAUACAGCUUCAAACGAUACAGCAAGUGCAACAACAAGUUCAACAACAGGUGCAGCAGCAGGUGCAACAGCAACAGCAACAAGCGUGCCCUGUGGACAGUAAAGCGAUACAGUUGAACGUCACUAUGUGAGACGAUGUAGAAAGUGGGGAUUGGUCGAUCCCUGGAACAAUAGCACUCCCAAAUGCGCACCCUGCUGCCACCCUCUGCACGCACUUCUCUUAUACUAACAUUACACGUUAGAUAUAUUUAUUAUCUAUAGAAACGAAUACGAAGUAAUCAAUUUUAUUACAAGAGUAUAUAUACAUAUUAUAUUCUAAAAGUGUAAGGCUUGUAACAAGAAAAUAAAAAUAAUCAUAUAUUAGUGUUUUACAUAUACUUUAUAUAUCAUUUACUCUAGGUAUGUAAAGUGAUACUAAACAAAUUAGUUGCCUUAAUGAGAUAAAGAAUUUUAAUGAUUAUAUAUUAAUUAUCGUUUGGUGAAACUUCUUUUUUCGUUUAAUCUUCUUUUUUAUCAGUAGGACGUUACUUUAUAAGGAAAUACAUAUUGAAUAAACAAACGUAAAAAAAUAAGUUUCAUUUAUGUACUACUGCUUUGUUGUUAUCCUUCAUGCUGUGCUUGUAUGGUGAAAGUCGAGAGGAAACGUUGAUCGCGAGUGUUCGGUAAAAAUUGAAGCACGUAAAAUAUGUGUUAAGGAAGAGAGGAAGGAAGGAAGGGCUGAGAGAGAGAGGGGGUGGCAGACGCAGCGCAUUUAUGGUGGAUUUAAAAUUGUAGGUCUGCCCGAGAGAAAACAAAGAGAAAAAUGAAUAUUAUCUUAAAAGAUAUUUUUCAUCUUACGGUGAUCCGCGCAAUUUGUUUGACAGAUUGUAGAGAGUUGAGAGAGCAAAAGCCUUAUGAAAAUCUAUAUUUCAUUGAACGGUUGUCAAUAAUGGUUAUUAACCUUAUGGAAUAUGAUUCGAGCGAAAUUCGAAUCGUUAAGAUCGUUUUGUUCUUUGUAUACAAUCGACGGUGUUUCGAUUCCUUAAAACUUCCGUACUUCGUUAUGUUUUCGACAUCGACUUUUUUACUUUAUACCGAUAUCGAGAUAUGCGUGAAAGUCGUUGAAAUAUUGUCACAAAAGUCAUUCAGCAUAGCGAACUUUUGUAAUAGUUUUGUCAGAGAUAUGUAAUAGCUGAUAGAAUUGCGCAAAGAAGUGAAAGAAGUAAUAAAGGUAGCUUUCCUACAUAGUUUUAACAUA